GAAAAUUUUACCAAAACAAUAUGGGUGUUUUCUCUUUCAUUAUCAUCUUCUUAGCAAUAAUUCUAUUAAUCUUUCUCUCUUUAACAGUCUAUAGUACCGUUAAAAUUUACACCGGCAAGUCCAUCAACGAUCGGAACUAUCCACCGGUGCACGGUUACGCUUUUGGCCAACUACUUUACUUUAACAGAAUCCAUGACUACUUCGCCGAAGGGGAGUAUAAUCAAGAAAUUGUCAGGGAUCUUCUAGGCGAAGGAAUCUUUGGUGUCGACGGUGACAAGUGGCGGCAGCAGAGGAAGCUUGCGAGCUUCGAGUUCUCCACGAGGGUUCUCAGGGAUUUCAGCUGCUCUGUUUUCAGAAGAAACGCCGCAAAACUAACUCGAGCUGUGUCAGAGCUGGUGAUUCAGUGUCGUGCUUUGAUAUGCAAGAACACCCUGAUUCAGGAGAAAGUUGCCCAAGAAAUUAGAAACGUUACUGGCUGUGGCAGGGAAGCAAAUAUUGUAACUGUUGAUGAUUUUGCUGCAACCAUAACUGCUGGAAUACAAGAGCAAAUGCAUUUUCUUCAUGCAACCGUAACAGAGACGUUGCGACUGUACCCUGCAGUCCCUAUAGAUGGGAGGAGUGUAGAGAUGGAUGACAUUCUUCCUGAUGGGUACAGACUAAAGAAAGGAGAUGGAGUGUAUUACAUGGCGUAUGCUAUGGGCAGGAUGCCAUACAUUUGGGGGGAAGAUGCUGAGGAUUUUCGACCAGAAAGAUGGCUAAAGAACGGAAUUUUUCAACCAGAAUCGCCAUUCAAGUUCAUUGCUUUUCAUGCGGGUCCAAGAAUCUGUUUGGGGAAGGAUUUUGCUUACCGGUAGAUGAAGAUUGUAGCGGCAACCCCUCUUCGGUUCUUCCUAUUCAUAUUAGCCGAAGAGACAAAGAAUGUGAAUUAUAGGACAAUGUUCACUCUUCACAUGGAUGAAGACCUUCAUCUUUGUGCAGAACCAAGGACAAGUUAAUGUGGAGAGAACAAAAUAUAUCUACAACCACAUCUACAGCGCAACGUUAUCAAGAAGCCUUUGACUCGUGUAAUUUGUGUAAUAAUGCUUUAUUUAUUAU